AACUUCACUGACAGAGUUGACAGCUGUCAGUGAAAUUCAAUCAAUGACAUUUCUUCAUUUGUUGUGAAUGUGAUUUUUUCGAAUUAAAAAAAAAUGUACCUUAGGAAAGUGCUAUUUCUAACCAGAACGGCGUGUUGCAAUGUCUCCAAAUUGCAAGCACCAAGUUAUUCAAGACAGAAAGUGUGGUUAAUUGCAGCAAACUCUGCUAGGUUUUACUCUGCCGAAAAUAUAGAUAAAAAUAAAGAAACAAAAGACGAGAAAGUAGACAUCUUAGGAAGGUUCUUCCCACAGGCUCCACUUAACACAGAAGAUGCUCAACAAAUUAAAAAAGAACAGGAGAAGUUUGAAAAGGAAAAUAAAGAAAAAUCAGAAGAAAAUGAAAAAAGUUGGAGACGCAUGAAAAUGGGAUUCGCGGUUUUCGGCGGCGCCAUGACGGUGAUGGGCACGUGCAUGGUGAUUGAGAUGGGCGCUCCGCGGCGCGGGGACGACGGCCAGAUCAUUGAGGACGAGUUCUCGCACCUGCCUUCUGUGCUGCAGUAUCUGCGCCGCACUUGGAAGGAACUUACUUUCUAUGAAAAGAUGAUUAAGGAGCCGUCUCGCGAGAAGCUUCUGCCUGACCCACUGCCGUCGCCGUACCAGCCAACGUACACGCUUGUGCUGGAGUUCACCGAUGUGCUGGUGCACCCAGACUGGUCCUACCAAACUGGCUGGAGGUUCAAAAAGCGUCCCGGCGUCGACCAGUUUCUCCAAUCCGUGGCGAGCUCCAACUAUGAGGUGAUAAUCUUCACGACGGAGAACGCGUUCAUGAUAUGGCCAGUCAUCGACAAGCUGGACCCCGAGAACAAGUUCAUCACAUACCGGCUGUUCAGAGACUCCACGCAUUUCGUAGAUGGCGUGCAUGUGAAGAAUCUGGAGGGGCUUAACCGGGAUCUGUCUAAGGUGAUUGUGGUGGACUGGAACAAAGCUGCGACGAAGUUCCACCCACAGAACUCGCUCGUGUUGAAGAAAUGGAAAGGCGCCGACGACGACACCGCUCUACUCGACUUGGCCAACUUAUUGCAGACGAUAGCGAUGUCAGAAGUAGCGGACGUGCGCGAGGUUCUGACGUACUACGGGCAGUUCGACGAUCCGAUCGCGGCGUUCCGCGAGAACCAGCGCCGUCUCAUGGAGCAGAUGGAGGAGCGAGAGCGCGACACCAAGCAAGAGCAGCCGCUCACCAAGAACUGGCUGCGGACCUUCACCAGGCGCUAAUGACUAGGUCGUGUAUCGAGCCAGGAUCGACCGUCGUCACCGCGCAGCGCCACAUAAAGAGCUAAGCUUUAAUGGAUAUCUCAAUGUGUACAACCCUCCGUAGAUAUUGGACGUCGGUAUACUGCGACCACCAUACUCCAAACUAUAUAAGACUUCUAUUUGGUUAUAUAGGUGACUUUAACGACGGAUAUAUUGUAAGCAUGUGAUAAUAAUUUGCAAAUUCUUAAAAAUUAUAUUAGAUAAAUAGUGCAUGGUCAUAUAUAAUUUAAGUCUUGUUACGUUCUUUACUAUUACGUAGAAAAAGCUCGCGGUCGAACUAAUCAGCGCAAAAAAAAACAUUUUAAUUUAUAAUAAUCAUAUAAUAUCAGCCCUGUAUUGUAUACUGUCCCGCUGUUGGGCACGGACCUCCUCAAUUACUGAGAGGGAUUUUUCAUUGUAAUUUGAUUACUAUGAAAUAUUUAAUAGUAUACCUUAUUAUAGUAUCUCCGUCGUUAAACUAAUCACCUGUAAAUCCAAAAUAAAAACGAAACAACUCGUAUAAUUGACCAAAUACUAUUAAAGGCAUUAUUAUAAAGUUCUUGUUUAUAAUGACACAAGUUUCAUACAUUUUGGGAGUCUUGGUCAAUGAUAGGAUUGUUGUAGAAACAGUGUUUAUAUACUUCACCCAGAUAUAACAUUAUGUGACUUAUAUUUAAAGGAUGAAUGGAAUGUAAAAAUAAGUAACUUUUUCAAUUAUGGAACCUCAAAAUUGUGUAUUGUGUUUUUACAUUUUUUUUCUGUAUACUAAUAUAAUUUGUUUUUCAAAUAUUCCGUCAUUUUGGCAUUCGGCAGCAUUUUAUUGGACUCUAUUGUAAUUCAAAAUUAACAUACAGUGCAAUUGUGGAAAAAUAUGUAUUUGAUGAAUACUGUAUUAUUUAAUGUAUUGGAGGACCGUGUCCAACAGUAAUUAAAAUCAAUAUUUUAAUUUGAUGGUAGUUAUAUAUACGUCAAAAUAGCCAUAAUGUUAUGAAUAAACUAAUACCAGUACUCCCAAUAUAUUUAUAGUUAAUUCUCGUUAAGAAAAUAGUGAUGCAUACGUUUAUUUUAAAAUUUUCACUAUAAAUUCAAUUGGCUGUAAUUUUAAGCACCUUUAUUGGUCUGAGGUCGUCUGUCGACUAGAGGUCAAUGGUGACCCACUAUUUUCUUAAAUUGAAUGAACUGCAAUGAUAUACUUCUGUAAGUUUCGAGUCGCCUGUAAGCAUUGGAUUUACCAAAAGUGGUCAUUUUAUGCCUAACUGGUAUUAAUUUGUUAUUAGUUGAAUAAUUUUGAAUGCAUUUUAAUUUAAAUACUGAUGACAUUUUAAACAGUUUUCCUAAUGCUGCUUGAAUAGCUUUACUUUAAUUGAUACUGUAGCAGCUCAUUUGAAUUUAAUGUUUUUUGUUCCUAAUUAUUAUAAAAAAAUCUUAUAUUGCUUACAUUAAAUUGUAUAAUUUACAUCAUCGUCGUCAUCUUUCUAAUUCAUUAUCGUUCCUUAAGCUACCAUAUUAUGAGCAUUUGUUCUGCUUUAGCCAUCUUCACUAAAGCGGGAGAGUAUAUUGUGUAAUUCUAUUAUUGAUUAAGUUUUUUAGCGCGAUCUACUAAGCCCCGUAUUGCCUACAGCCAUGUUUAAAAAUUUUUUUAGCCAAAAACUUAGACUAGCUUCCCUCAAAAUAAAUAAUUGUACAAAAACCAGUCACUGCCAUACUAAUUGCCAUUUUCAAUAAACGAUCCUCAUUCGUUUUUCGAUCUAUCCCACAAAUGGGCCAUCCAGAACGAUGUGUUUAUGACAUGCUUACAAAUUACCUUUUAUGAUUGGUUAAUUUUAGAUAUCGGAUUGAGCUUUGCGAUUUGGAUCGUAUAUUGAAAAUGUCUAAUUUUUUUUAUUUUUUUGAAUAGCACUAGCUAUAAUAUAGUACUUAAUAAUCUCUUAAGUGAAAAUAAGGUUUAAAAUUUUCGCACAACGUUACGAUUAGUGGAGAAAUGUUUAAAAUGUCAUUGGUGAGAAUUUGUUGAAGUUUGUGUACAUGUUGUAUGUUAGAAGACUGAUUGGAGCACUCGUAAUAAACUCAGUCAUAGGAAAUAUAGUUGUUUAUAAAUAA